CCUAACGGGAAAUUUGAUUGGGUAUUGGAUUGUCAGGCACAAACAUGAAAGGAUUAAUCGAUAAUUGAACAGGAUCAAAACGCGUUAGAGAAUGCAUUAAUUCCAAUGUUUGUGCAUGCAGUAGUAUUAACUAUGCUACAAACAGAUUAAAGUUUCAUAGUAUAUAAAAUCCUGUAUGCAUCUUUUAAAGCAGUGGAAUUAUUUCUCUCAUGUUGUCAGCAUCAUUUGGAUAAUCAAUAAGAAAUUAAAAAUGGUUCUGUUGUCAUAUUUGGUAAGAAUGAUUGGUGGCGGACAGCAGAAGUCCCCAAAAGAAUUCAUCCCUGUACACAAAUACCUCAGGAGCUAUAGCCAACGCCUCACAAUGUGGGACCUCCCAGAGGAGAUCCUAGUCCACCUUUUAAAAUCCCUUCACAUUAGGGAUCUACUGAGUAUGAAACAGGUUCACCCCUAUUUCCGGGACUUGAUCCAUAACUCACAGUCGGUUUGGUCGUGCGUGUCAUUCCAGGAAUCUUGGCCCUCUGCUAGCACUCUACCACAUUUUGACAGAGCUGCACAAGUUGGAAAUGUAGAAGCACUCGUCAAACUGGCCAUUGCCUACCUAUAUAACGAAGGAUUGCCUAAUGAAAGCGAUGGGAAAAAGCUUUCGAGAAACGGAACAAAGGCUGCUGAGAUGUUUUGCCGAGUGGAAUCCUUGACCCCUAACACAGACCCUUUCACAUGGCUCUUCAUUCGCCCACCCUGGUCCCUGAAUGGGGCUUGCUGUAAAGAAAGCGUCUUCAAUUUUAUGAAAGAUUUGCUCAAAGGGGAAAGCUGUAGAAAAAUCCAAGUCUGCGUGGCAAAGACCCUAAAUCUUCUGGAUCACAACAAGCACUCUGCAGAGAUUUCUUCCUAUCUAGAUGAGGCAGCAAGUCUUGGCUCUGGAAUUGGGGCCUUCAUGCUAUGGGAACAGAUGAAAAUCAAACUUUCAGUUUUAGAUAAGGCAAGUGAGCUUGAGUUGAUUCGUAAACUGCGUGACAUCUGUGCUUUGGAUUACUUGGAUUCCAAGCUAGAGCUGUGCAAAUAUUACUCCAUUGGUAAAUAUGGAGGGGUUAGCAGACAGAAGGCAAUGUCUUUCAUUCAAGAGUUCGUACAUUCCGUCCCAGCUUUGAAUACUCAAGAAGGCUUUAGCCGAUCUCAGGAACUCACACCAUCCAUGCGAUACAUUUUGGUGGACUGGUUGGCCGAGGUGGCAGCCAUGAAGAUGUUUUCCACGCACACAUUCCACGUGUCGGUGAGUGUGGUCGACCGAUUUCUCAAGGUCAACUCCGUCCCUCGCUCCAAACUCCAACUCCUUGGGGUCUCGGCCAUGGUCCUGUGCUCCCGCCUGCUCGGCUUGGACAUCAUCACGAUCAGAGAGGCAGCCUGGCUUACAGACAACACAUACAAGUACGAAGACGUAGUGAGAAUGAUGGGUGAAAUCACAGCCACCCUCCGCGGCAACCUGCGUAUGGCCACCAGCGUGGAUUUCGCGGAGAUCUUCAACACCUUGCUCAGUCACGACCGCCGACUGUGCUACCUGUCCCAGUAUAUCUGUGAGCUGGCGCUGUUGCAAGCAGAGAUGGGUCAGUACAGCCCUGCGGAGACGGCUGCUAGUGCCGUUCUGUUGUCGCGGUUACUGACAAAGUCUGAGGAGGCGUGGCCUAGCACUAUAAAGAACGCCACUGGCUUCAGUAUUGAGGAUCUCAACAGAUGUGCCUUCCACAUGCACGAGAAAUGUUUCCUGCAAGGAUCCUUUGUGGACCACAGAGACGUUACACUUCAGGCUGUCAAACAGAGAUAUGCUGAUGAGGACUGCUGUAAAGUCAGCGAAAUUGAGAUAAUUAGCUAUAAAGAGCUCUGCAAACUCCUUGGAGUGACGCAACACUUCGUCAACGGCUCGGACAUCCACGUUCGAUUCCGCAACGAUGAUGAGCUCAUAGUUUCGCCGUCUGGAAAGAAACGAAGGUCUGGACUUAGAAGCACCAGCUCCCACAAGAUCACCAGCACACCAAAGACACCUCGCACCACGCGUGACCAGCUUCGCUUUGAAUCUCCUAGGAUGAAUUCUCCACGGUUGAAUGAUUCCAUGUUGUCUGGUUACGAUGGGGACAGGGAAGACGAUCUUGAUGACUCCAUUAUUAUCGAUGAGAGCAUUGAAGAUCUCAAGAGAGAAGUUUUAUUAGACGAGGGUGUCCACUCCGGCUCAGAGAACUUUGAAGCCUGCCUCUCCAGUGACAACACUCGCUCACCGCAGAAAUCCACCUUCAACUAUUCCGCUCAAUCUCCGUUCAAGCAAUGCCUCUCAUUUGCUGCCUCUAAUUUUGACUGUGAUACCAAUACCUCGGGAAUAUCAUCGUCCCAAAGUUCUGCAUCGGAUGAGUGUCUGUCCACAUCCAAUCAGAGCCCAUUUUGUUCAUCCACUGGUGAAUUUUCAGGAUCUGCCUCGUUCAUCAAUCUUCGAUCAACGUCAAUGACCCUACGUUCUGCCAAUGCUGCUUCGUCUGCAUGUGGAUCUCUCUCUAGCGACUCUGAAACAAAUUAUGACAAUGUGAAACGAUUCAAAGGUUCAAGGUCACCUCGUCACAUGACCUUGAGAAGCACACCCAAGCGCCAAAAAAGUCGAAAAGUCAGUGGUGGAAAAACCACCUUCAUUUUUAAUUGAAAACUGUGUUAGUGAUUUUAAAACCCACUAAGUUACAGCAUCAAACAAGUGCAAUGUUCAGAUUUUGUACUAUUGUUAUUUUGUUCUAUUCUAGUAUUUAAUGGUGCAUAGCAUUACAGAUUGCAGGUAUAGAACUGAGGGUAAAGCUAUUAAAUCCAUUGAUCUUUCAUUCAAAAUGUUUGUGAUAUUCUAGUUUUGUUUGAAGAGCCAGUUUAAAAUCAUGACAAUUGUGAUAGUUAUGCUUGAAGUUUGAAAGUAUAUGCAUAAUUGUUCGAUGUUUAUGUUAGAAAUACAAACAAUGUUUGUAUGUCUUGAUUUUAGAGUUCCAAGACAAUAUAGUUGAUCAGUUUAAUAUUCCAAUGAAAGAAUAUCCAUUUUGUUUGAAUAUUUUUGAAAUUGCAAACUGCAAUAUAUUUACGACUGUCCCAUUAUGUACUAAACUCUUUCGGUACAUGUGUAAAACAUGUGCAUUUCAAACCAGCACAUUAUGUGUUUGUGUACAUAGAUUCAGGCAAAUUUGGUGCUGCGAAAACGAGGGAUAUUUAUUCUCCAUAAAAAUAUUAUAUAUUUCUGCAUAAUGUUUCAAAUAGCAUUGUUUUUUAAUAUAAAUGUCUAAAUUUUUUUAUGGAAGCUAACUUCUUAAUCAUAGAAUACUUCAAAAUAGUUUUGAAUACCAUUUAAUGGGUAUGUUCUUUUGUAUGCUUUUGGAUAUCUGAUUUCAAGGUUAUAGCUGUGCUAUAAAUUAUUUGAGCAGUGAUUUGUGCUAUAAAUUAUUUGUGUAAAUAGUUUAAUUUUAUAGUAAUAAUAAAUGAAUUUAGUGAAUGUACUGCAUUGAGAUUUUGUAUGAAAUGUCUGAUUUUUUUCAGGGUUUAUACAUCCUUAUGAUUGCCAUUUAUGUGAAGAAUGUAUUCACUGUUUUUCUGUUAGAUCUCUUAUUUUUGUUGGUCAAUACAGGUUAUUUUAAUUGCAAAUCGAGUAUUGUUUCAUAAUAUCAUUAAGGAAUGUACCCUGUCUCUUAAUAUCAAUGCAAACAUGCACAUUUGGAAGGCAGUGAACAAUUUGAUUGGUUAAAAAUAACAACCAUAUUUUGUAUACAUAACAUCUUAUAAGAAAAUCUACUUUUUGGAAAUAUUGAUUGUUAAAUUCAAAAUAUGCAAGUUGUUUUUAAAUCUAUUAGAUAUUUAAAUAAUAAAUAUAGGAUUCUCAAAGUUAUCUCACCCUGUUAAGGGUUAUGUUGUACAGUAACACAAUAUGGACUCUUAUUUUGUGCAAUUGUCUUUCCAAAGAAAUAUCUAGUCCAAAGAGCUCAUUGGACAUUCUAUUAAUCAUCUUGUUUUAUACCUCUUUUUAAAUCAUUUUAUUGAACAUUUUCAUGUUUUUGUUAAGUAUGUACGUUGAUGGAUGUCUACCUUUAAAAUGUCAGGUCUGUUUAAAUCUACUAAGUUAUUUUGUAUGCAAAGAAUACUUUAACUUUGUGAGACUCUUAGAAGCAUGCGUGUUAUUACAAAUAACUUGUUCUUUACCUACGCAGAAAGAUUUAUUGCAUUUAAUUUUAAUGAACGUUUUUUCGUUGAAUGUUAUUGGUGACAUCGGCGAAUCUUGCUACUAUGAUGUUGAUUUUCUUUGCUUAUUCUACGUUCUCGAGUUUUCUCCCUUUGUGCAUGAUCGUUUCUAGAUGUUGUUGAUGUAUGCUUGUUUACACACAAAGUGUGUACAUUUAUCAUGGACAUUGUUUCAGAUUGAAGUUUAUUUAUAUUACUUGAUUUAUUUUGUACACAAAUAUAAAAGAAACAAAACACA